AUGGCGGAAGAUAUGCCACAAAAUACCAUAAAGAAGAUGGAAUUAAUAGUUGGCAAUACCGAAGCUCUUAGUCUCAGCGAUUCAUCAGCUUUACACUUGAUCGACACCGCAGGAGCCAUAUCCGAGUUAAUGAAUAACAUUGAAGACCUGCCCAAAGAACCACCAUCGCUGUACUUCGAUAUAGAAGGAGACAACUUGUCCCGCCACGGUACCAUCGCUAUCCUGCAGCUCUAUGUUAUGCCUAUAAAUGCAACCUACCUAAUCGACGUAUACACUCUGGGUGACAAAUGUUUCUCAACCCCAGGGGGAAAUGGCCGUACGCUCAAGGACAUCCUGGAGUUUUCGUCCAUUCCGAAGGUCUUUUUCGACGUCCGUAACGAUUCGGAUGCUCUGCAUGGGCAUUUCAAGAUAAAGUUAGCUGGCAUACAAGACCUACAACUCAUGGAGCUUGCUACCAGAAGCUUUUCCAAGAGAUGUGUUAAUGGCCUCUCCAAAUGCAUUGAGCGGGACGGGAGCUUCACUAUUGACGAAAAGCUUGUUUGGAUGGAGACCAAGAAAAAGGGCUUGCUCCUUUUUGCUCCCGAGGAGGGUGGAAGUUACGAUAUUUUCAAACAGCGCCCAUUACCCAAAGACAUUGUCCUGUACUGCGCACAGGACGUACAGAUUCUACCCCGUUUGUGGUCAUAUUACAACAGAAAGCUGAGCAAAAAAUGGCGAACAAAGAUGCUGGAUGCCUCCAAAGAGAGGGUUGCGCUGUCUCAGUCCCCAUCCUACAAUGGCAAGGGACCACAUAUGGCGCUAUCUCCUGCUGGAUGGUACGUGCAGUGCCGGCGAGGAAGGGUCUAA